GAACCGGGCCGGGGCCUGAACCGGGCCGGGGCCUGAACCGGGCCGGGGCCUGAACCGGGCCGGGGCCUGAACCGGGCCGGGGCCUGCCCAAAGCCCGGCCCGGUCCCGCAGCCGAGCACCGUGGGCCCCGAGCGCCCGGCCCGUCCCGUCCCGGUUCCGCCUCCGAGCGGCCGGGAGGAGGCGGCGGAGCCGCGUCCCGGUCCGUGCCGUGGCGCCGGUGAAGUCGCUGCCAUUGCGGCUGCGGGCCUGCCCCGCUCCAUGGGGUCUCAGGCGCCCGUGCCAGGCCGCGGCCGUGACUCAGGCCCCGUGUUCAGUGGCGUUGCUGCUGAGGUCAUCGAGGACACCCUGAUGCACCUGGCCACGGAGAACGAGCAGUACCUGAGCGAGCUGCCAGAGCAGGCUGGGCUCUUCAAAGAGACGCGCAUCGUGGGUGAGGAAUUUAUAUUCCUUUUGUCUGAAAAAUGGCACUUGGACCAGUCCACACGGUACCAGGCAGUGGAGUUGCUUGAACGGUUCAUGAUCAAGCAGGUAGAACAGAUGUGUGAUGGCAGAGGGAGCACCAAAGGUCGUGAGCAAGGCCAGAGGAGCAGCUGGAGCUCUGUGAGGGAUCACAUCACCAACACCUUUGUCCUGAGACUCGUGUCCUGUGUUCAGCUUGCCAGCAAACUCUCUCUGCACUACAGUAGAGUGACCAGUGACACAGCUUUAACAUUUCUGCAAUCCUUAAAAUACUCCUACACUAAACAGGAAUUGCUGGAGUCGGAGCUUGCUGUUUUAAACACUCUGCACUUCCACAUCAAUGUGUCAACUCCCUUGGCCUAUGUGGAAUUGCUCCUGGAGGUCCUAGGAUACAAUGGCUGCUUGCUUCCUGCCAAGCCCUUACACCAGCUGUGUGUGCAGCUGCUGGACUUCUGCUACCUGACCAGAGAGACCAUCUAUGACACUCUGCUGAAGACUGCCAUCGAGAACUCCACACCAAGCAAACUGCAGAUAGCCAAGUUUUUAACAGUGAAGGAAGAUUUCAUGCUGCUGGCUGUUGGAGUCAUCAGUACAGGUGUGUUCAUCCUGAGCCCCGGGCACUGGGAGCAGGUACAGUCACUGCUGAAGGCGUUGGCUCCACGGGAACACAGUGCCAAGGUUGUGGAGCAUUUGAACUGCAUCACUGGCAUUACUCCCCAGAGCAUCCUGGAGUUCUCCUACGCCGUGGUGAGGCGCAUCGUUGGCAGCACCACACCUGAGCAGCACCGUGGCAACUGUGGCACCAAAUCUCCUGAGGACAGAAUUCCUCCUCAGAAAUAAAACCACCCUGGCCAUCCAGGCAGCAGCAGCAGGAAUUGUCACGCUGCUGGGAACUGUCCCUCCUCUGUGACACUGCCCAGGCACCCAGCACAGCUCAGGGUUACCUGAAUUCUGUCACAUCUUAAUUAGCAAAGCUCGUCCUGCCAGGCAUCACAGUCAUGCUCUGAAAGGAGCCCAACAGCACCACAGUGUUUAGAAAUGUCCUAAAAGCUUUAUUGUAACAGCUGCCUUUUUAAAUUUUGAAUCUAAGCUCCCUUUAACCAGAGACCCCUCAGAGUGGUUGUGUUUGAAAGGUGCUGCCAUGCCUGGUGGGACCAGCUCCACAAAUGGGGCUGCUCUGUCUCCUCCUGCUGCUUUUAUAAAACCCCUGUCCCAGCUGCCUGUGAUUGUCCCCUCUGUGCCAGCACCUCCUGCCCUGCCACAGCCAGCAGUGUUGUGUGAGGACAGAAUGGGGCCAGUGCUGUGACUGUCACCACAGCAGUGCCCAGCCUGGGUGUCCCUGCCAGUGCCAGGGGUUUGUACUGUGCCAGGCACUGCUGGAAACACCUGGAAUCAUUUCAUGGUUUCCUCAGCACAGCCCUGUGCAGGAACAGGCUGCAGGAGGGAUUGCAGUGCUGUAAUGGUAUCAAACCUUGCUAAGUGCAGCAGCACAAAGAAGUGCUGAUAUGACUUAGGAAAUAUUUUAUUUUAAACUAUUUAAUGACCAGGCAGAGUUCUGGCAGUUUUCUGACAUUAUUCCCUGUGUUUGUAAUGUCCUGCUUUUCCAACCUUGCAUUAGCUGUAACAGAGCAGCAUCAAACUGAUGCUCAUUUGACAAUGAUUUAUGUGCAUGGCCAUAAACCCCAAAAAUAACAGUUUAGAAUCCAUUUAAUAGCUGGGUUUUAUUCUGUUCAGCUCAAUGAUACAACUUUGCAUAUUGCUUUUCUAUUAACUACUUGUAAUAAUGGCAUUUUAAAAUAAAGUGUCUUGUGGA